CUUGUGCGCGACGAAGAGCUCUGGUUUCCGGACGGAAGUAUCGUUCUCGUCGCCGAGAGGCGCGCAUUUCGUGUAUAUCAUGGUAUCCUGUUGCGCGAUUCUUCGGUCUUCAGCGACCUGCUGUCUCUACCUCAGCCAGAAGACGUAAAUGGGAUAGAUGGAUGUCCUCUGGUCAAGCUGUCGGACUCUGCGGAGGACCUCCGACAUUUGCUACGAUUUCUCGCUCAGAUCCAGCCUUACAUGCUUGGGCUGUUCUUCAAUGUGGACUUUGCGCCUCAGAUUUUUAUGCCCGCGGGAGAACCCAUCGCAUUCUCCGCUGUCGCAGCCCUCGUUCAACUGGGGCAUAAAUAUCAACUCGACAUCGCGGAAGCUGAAGGCCUUCGACUGCUGAAGACGGUUUUCACAACGAGCUUCCGCGACCAACCGGAUAUCAUAUAUCGGGGCCUCGAUUCAAGUGACCGGCCGCAAACCGUUCAGUCCGUCGUUCGGUACCGAUAUCGAGACGCAAUCACGGCCGUCAACCUCGCUCGACUGACUGGUGAAUGGAGUAUCCUGCCUACCGCGUUCUAUAUAUGCUGUCAGCUCAAAGCCGAGACACUUGUGCUGGGAAACCCUCGAGCCGACGGCUCGAAGGAUUGCCUGAGUCCGAGUGACCUAGCAAUAUGUAUCGAUGGAAAGAAGGGCUUGAUGUAUGCGCAUGCUGCGGGAGCGCACGAGGUCCUCUACCGAACUGUAGGGUUCAUUGGACCCAACGGCUGGUACGCCGAUUGCGAGAGCGGAGACUGCAGAGAUCUCCGGGAUGAAGUCUUUCCCAACAUCAUUGAUGCAUCAAGGUUUGGGGAGAACGCACUCUGGAGCUGGGAGGAGGAUAUCAUUGAAGAAGAUUUCUGCGGCGUUUGCCAAGCAUGUCUAGUCGCGGAAGCUAGGGAGCAAGUGCGUAGGGUUUGGUUGCAGCUUCCCGAAUAUUUCGGACUCGAUGCUGUUUCUUGGAAACAAUUAGCAGACCUUGAUGCAGAAUGA